AUGAUAGAUGAAGACGGAAUUCUUCGUAUAGAUGGUCGAACUGUUCACAGCGACUACGCAGCCUACGAUGCGAAGUAUCCCAUUAUUCUAUCGAAGAAACACAUCGUUACAACGUUGCUGAUAGACUGGUACCAUCGCAAAUUUCGGCAUGCCAACAACGAGACCGUGGUCAACGAAGUUCGCCAAAGAUUCCACGUACCAAGUGUGAGGGUUCAAGUUCGAGCAGCCAGGAAGCGUUGCAUGUGGUGUCAGGUGUACAAGGCCGUUCCUGCGCCUCCGAAAAUGGGACCGUUGCCACAAGCUAGAUUGACACCAUUCAAGCGACCCUUUACCUACUCCGGAGUUGAUUACUUCGGGCCUUAUUUCGUAAAAAUUGGGCGAUCUACGGCGAAAAGAUGGGUCGCUUUGUUUACAUGCUUGGUAACCCGGGCUAUUCAUCUGGAAGUAGUGAGCAGCUUGUCAACAGAUUCGUGCAAGAAGGCAAUACGUAGAUUCAUCGCGCGCAGAGGGGCUCCAGUGGAAUUCUACUCGGAUCGUGGAACAAACUUUAUUGGCGCUAGCCGCGAAUUGAUGGACGAGAUUAAGCGAAUCGACGUUGAACUCAGCAGCACCUUUACGGAUCAGCAGACGCAGUGGAAGUUCAACCCACCGGCCGCCCCACACAUGGGGGGAUGUUGGGAAAGAAUGAUCCGGUCGGUUAAAGUCGUUUUGGGUGUGCUGCCGCAUGAACGUAAACUCGAUGAGGAGUCAUUGACAACGUUUCUUGCCGAAGCCGAGCACAUGAUAAACUCGCGUCCUCUAACGUUUGUGCCAAUCGAGAGCGAGGAUGACGAAUCACUGACGCCGAACCACUUCCUGAUGCUAAACUCCAGUGGGGUCAAACAACUGGAAAAGACACCAGUGGACGUGGGUAUGGCAUUAAAGGGAAGCUGGAACCAAAUACAGCACACUUUGGAUAACUUCUGGCGACGGUGGUUGAAGGAGUACCAGCCAACCAUAACGCGGCGAACUAAAUGGUUCCACGAUGUCCGUCAUGUUAAGGAGGGUGACUUGGUGGUGAUUGCGAAUGAGGGGAUGAGAAAUCGGUGGCUCAGGGGUCGUAUAGUGAAGACAUAUCCGGGACGAGACAGUAUACCAAGGCGUGCAGAUGUGCGUACUUCAGAUGGGUCAGUAUUACGUAACCGGCCAGUAACCAAGUUGGCCUUACUGGAGAUUGGAACCAUGAGUGACGCCGAACCGGAAGUUCUGUCGACACGUGGGGGAGGAUGUUGCGGACCCCUCGACAUGCAGUCGAUGUAA